AUGGUACCAUUUUUGCAGGUCUCAGCAGCAGUUGUUUCAUUCGGACGACGGCAGUUGAAGUUGACUACCACUAUGUGCGUUUCUUGUGUACUUACAGUGGUUCUCUACGUGAUCCCAAUGUGUACGCGUCUUAUCAGCAGUGGUCAUCUGUCGGAAUUCAUGGCAUUUUUUACAGCCUAUACAGGAAUUAGUUGUAACUUAAAUCCGCUGGCAACCAUUAUCACGAUGUUCAUAAUGCAAGAAGAUAUCCGCGAGGCUGCUUUUACGCUGCUUCCGCGAUGCCUACAGCCGGCGCUGUCGCGCUGUGCUCCUCGAAUCAAGCCUAAAUCCAGUAUAAGCGCCGUGACAGUCGGCGGUAAAUUGAGAAGACAUGAUAAUUUUCUUUUGUAA